UGGGAAGAAGAGCAAGAGCUCUGCUCUCCGGCGAAUAAUCUCACGUGGGCUCCACCCCCCACCAUUUUUAAAAUUAAACAUUCGAAAAUUUUAAAAAUGGGUCCAAAUCCAAUCCAACCGAGAAGAAGAUCGACCAGACUGGCGUUAAACUGAAAUCACCCACCAACCGUACUCUCUCUGAUCCAACUUCUCAACGUCACUGAAACCAUAAACCAAAACAACUCCGUCGAUCUUGAAUCACAGCAGAUUCAGAGCCCAAAGCCCGAAGUGGUUACAGUUGAAGUGGAAGGUCAUGGCUCGGAUAAAGCCUCAGGCGCUGUUAAUUCAGAGCAAAAAGAAGAAGGGCCCAACUCGAAUCAGUAUCACUACCAUAGUUAUGUGCAAUUUAAUCAUCGCUUUGAUCGCCUUGUCCUUAGUUGCCACUUAUCGCUAUUGGUCUAGAAGGUCGCUGGACCAAUCUGGGUCGGACUUAUCUACUCUAGAGGAUAUUGGUGGGUUAGUAAAGAAGUACGAUCUUCCCGGUUAUGCUAUUCUAAAUACGUCAAAAGGUCCUAUCACAGUGGAACUUUUCAAGGAUGGUUCUCCAGAGGUUGUGGAUAGAUUUCUUGACUUAUGUCAAAAGGGGCACUUUAAGGGGAUGCCCUUCAGUCAUGUGAUCAAACACUACGUUAUUAAAGGGGGAGGUUCCCAAGGACUUGGAGCAGCUGAAGAUUGGAUAUCAAAAGGGAAGCUUCGUAGUCAACUAGUUAUGAGACCAAAGCAUGAAGCUUUUAUGCUUGGAACUACAAAGAAUAGACUAGAUGACAAAGGAUUUGAGCUUGUUAUCACAACUGCACCAAUACCAGAUUUAAAUGAUAAGCUGAUUGUGUUUGGACGGGUCAUUAAGGGAGAGGAUGUGGUGCAGGAAAUUGAAGAGGUCGAUACAGAUGAACAUUAUCGGCCUAAAUCUUCUGUAGGGAUCACUAGUGUGAUUCUGAAACGUGAGAUUUAAGGGCAAUUCAAUACAAUCAAAUGUGAAGUAUUCCUGCAUAGUAUAGUUGCUGGUUUGAGUAUUUUCUUGCCGGACUACCCUUGCAAUGUACAACAGUACAUCUUAGGUUUCAGAUUUUCCCCGUCCAAUUUUCUCUUCUUCUACUCUCUUGAUUUGGUUUGUGAUUUAGUGGGGGAGGGGGGAGUUUUGAUACUCAUUUUAGGUGUAGGUUCCACAUCUGGGGUGGACAAAAUACGACAAUUAAGCUAAUUUGAUAUGCACUUUUGUUGCCGCAAUCAUUGUGUUAUGAUUAUUUGAUAUGAUUCAUUUUGUUCUUUUUAUGGCAUUUCCACUCUUAAAAUUA